AUGGAUCUUAUUCCUAGAACUUCAACCUUGAAGCGGGACAUGGCUUGUGUCCCCUGCAAGAAGAGCAAGAUCAAGUGUGACUCCGGGCGCCCCUGUCGACGAUGUUUACUCAAAGGAAUACCGGAAGAAUGUGUAAAUCAGCCAUCGGUUCCGGCCGAAAUCGUUCCAGGAAUAGUGAAGGCCCCGGCAUGCGAGCGCUGCCAUAGAUUGAAGGCCAAGUGCGAUGGUCUUCGACCGUGCAUGCGGUGCAUGCAGCAAAAUGUGGGUGUGGAAUGUAGAGACAGGGAGAAGAACCGAGACUACAGCAGUCAGCCUUCAAUUCUGUUCGAUCUGAGCAGUUCUUCCUCAGAUGACCUUGGGGAGAUCGAACGACCCAUUGAGUUUUCUUACGAUCCCUUUGAGCGCACGGAUAUAUCAGCCGGGUUCUCAGGACGUUACUCCUCGUUCCUUCCCAAUCUCCUUAGGAUUGUUUGGGAAAAUCAAGGCGUGUCGGUCGCUGGAGCGGAGAAAAUAUACACGAACCUUCCGACCAGCGUCCAGAAAAAUUUACAUCUGUACCUUGGAGCUUUGGAAUAUGUACUUGAUAGGUCGAGGGGAGAGCAAGGUAACGCGCAUACCAUUGUUCCUGUUCGACUGGAUGGUUGGCAAAAGUCUGUACGGUGCGGGUUUCAAGCAAUCGCCAUGGACUCGAGCACAAGCAAGUGGGCAACAUGUGCUGUCAACGAGUGGCUGGCGGAGUUUGCAGGUGUACACAGAGAAGAGAUGCUAGCGCGCAUGGCGAACCAGAACAUGCAGCUUGCUUCGACAGAGCUGCGACAGCUCUGCGGUCACCUGAUGUUCUUGAUCCACAUGUCGCAGUAUGCAUUGGGGAACAAGAAGGUGAAUUGCAGCGACAAGACCUACUUUUACUCGAGAUGGAACAAGAACUUUGCGAUUGAUGAGAACCCGGAGGGAGUCCUCAUGAGAGCUUGCUUCACUCUGCACGCAGAUGACGAUGGCAACGUGACUGGGCUGACUCGUUCGAUUGUGGCAAUCUCCGAAGAAGAGUACAACCUCGCUCUCGAUACGAUGCCUGUUGCUUGCGAAUACUUUGUCUCUCAAAUCGUGGGCAAGAAGUACGGGAAAGAGCUUAUGUCGAGAAAGCUGGUCAAUGAUGAGAAGAUAGAGACCAUAGCUUCGGAUCCACAGGGCUUCAAGAAUCUUGAAAUCUUGAACGACAUCAUGGAUCGCCAUCUUCGACACGUUCUCUCAGCUGCAAUUGCUCAAGGAUUCGAGUUUUCCGAUUAUCCAUGA